AUGGUGCACCUAAUUAUUCAUCUAGUGAGGGAGAUUAGAUUGUGUGGUCCUGUUUAUUUGAGGUGGAUGUAUCUAGUUGAGCGAUACAUGAAGAUCUUAAAAGGGUAUGUGAAGAAUCAAUGUCGUCCUGAAGCAUCUAUUGUUGGGAGAUACAUCACAGAAGAAGUUAUUGAGUUUUGCUCUGAAUACAUGUCUGAAGCAGAUGUUAUAGGAGUUCCUAAGUCUCGUCAUGGUGGAAGAUGUGGAGGUAUUCGAGGUUUAAAACUUAAGAGCAUAGCCCGAGUGGAAGUACUUCAAUCACAAAUGUAUAUAUUGAAUAAUACUGAUGAAGUCCAACCUUACAUUUCUGCUCACAAAAACAUUGUCAAGGAAACAUUUCCUGGAAUGAAUGAAAAAUGGGUGUUGAACGAGCAUAACAAGACUUUUUUAAAGUGGUUUAAAAAAACCAUUUUAGUUGAUAAUACAUGUUCUGAAACAUUGAAUUGUCUAGCAAGGGCGCCUAAAUUUGAUGUCAUAACUUCGACUGGCUAUGAUAUAAAUAAUUUUACAUUUUAUACAAUGACCCAAGAUGACACUAGUAUUAUGAAAAAUAGUGGGGUUAUGGUUAUAGCUGAGUCCAUGCACUUCUCUAGUUCAAAAGAUAAAAAUCAUGUUAUGGCAUCAAUAGCUUACUAUGGGGUCAUAGAAGAGAUUUGGGAUAUCAAUUUCAUUACAUUUAAAGUACCUCUAUUUAAAUGUAAAUGGGUUGACACAAAAAAUAGUGUUAAGACUGAUGAAUUUGGUUUUACAUUGGUGGGCCUUGAAAAAGUAGCCUAUAUGGAUGAACCUUUUAUUAUGGCAUCUCAAGCAAAACAAGUGUUUUAUGUUAGGGACCCUUCUAACAAAAAAUGGCCAGUGGUUCUCCAAGGUAAAAGCAACCACAACCCUAAUGAUAGUGAGCAUGCAACGCUAGAUAUUUAUGAGACUCCUUCUUUUUCUCAACGGGUGCCAACUUUAGUUGAAGAUACUAUUGGUGACGAGGUGUAUGCCACUCGUGAAGAUCAUCAAGAAGGGAUAUGGGAAAAUAUUCAAACAAUACACAAUUAG